UAGAGUGACCGCAACUCCCAUAGAAAAAAAUUUUUGUCGAAUUUUUUUCGGGGGAACCCCAUAAAAUGUUCCGCCUUUGCAGAUUUUUAGAUAGCCAAAAUUUCAGCUCGAUUGGAUAAGUCUAAAUGGUGCCGACACUCGCUCAAAGUAUCAAAAAUCUCUGUUUUUUCACUGUUUUUCGAAGAAAAUUAGCUCUAGCUCCCAAACAGAUCGGGUUAUUUUCACUUUUUAUAUAUUAAAUGAAAGGUAGUGUUAUUACACAUAAUUCAGAUUCAAAAUUUGUUUAGUUUUACAAAAAAAAAAAAUAUUGUCAUCAAUUUAAAUUUUCAGUACUUACCUCAAAAAGAGCUGAAGUGCAAACUCGAUUUAAAAUAAAACUUUCUAUGUUAUAGAUUGAUGUUACCUAUCUAAUUGAAAUGCUUCUCGUAUUAUAUAUAAUAAUAUAUAAUAAUUUUAUCAAUUAUAGAAGCACAGAGUAAAAUUGACUGAAAAAAAAAAACAAAACAAAAAGGGCACCCAGUGGGGGUUGAACCUGCUAUGCCUGGAUUGAUAGGCGAGCGCUUUAACAUCGGGCUAACUCAAUGUUGACAAUUGUCGUGACAAACUAAAACAAAUCUUAAGAUAUUCAACGAAGUGUUAUGGAAUUUUCAGGAUUUAAGCUUUUAAUAGAAAAAAAAUUAAAUUUUAGAGAAAUAAUUUUUCUGUUUAUUUACGUUUUUUUUAUAGAAAAAAAAUAAAAUGCAGUUGUAAAAUACAUAUUUGUUGUUUUUUUUAUGAAGUUUAAGCUUCACGAGUCGUUUCGUUGGUAGUUCAAUAAUUUUAUUAAGAUAAACUCUCGCUUUUUGCUAAUUUUCCUUUGUAUAUAAAAUAAAUUAACUUAAAAUAAAAUGUGAGUAUUAAUUCUGUUGCGUUUUUGUUUUAAGAUUAAAAGAAGUUUUAAGAAUUGUUAGUGUUUUCCAGAUAUAUUUUGUGUUCGUUGAUAUGGCAUUGGCAGCAAACACCCGAGAAAAAAUUUUUCUUGUAGGCUAUCCGUCUCAUCAAAUUACAGGGUGUAAAUUACCCUCAAAUCGUCAAGUUUUGUCAACACUAUUUUUUAAUUUGCGAAUUGUAAAAUUAAACUUAAAGGAAUCUGCAAGACUUGUCAUUCGAGAGGUACUUAUUUUUUGGGAAAAAGCCAGAAUUCAAACAAAAUAUGAAAAAGAUGCCAUUGUUAAAUUAGAAAAACUUUACAAUGAGUGGAGAAAUCACCAACGAAAUAAAAACAAAACGCUUGAAAGCACCAAAAAUAAAAUAAAAGAAUUUGCGUUGAAAAUGGACGAUCUCUUUGAUAUAGCACAUCGAGAUGCCUUGACCAUUACUGAAAAAAAACGCAGAAUUGAAGAAUUCAGAUUUGAUAUUGAUACUGAAGAUGACGCGGAAACACAGGGGACGGAGGAGGAAGCUCAAGAAGAAGUAUAUAGCCAGAAUUCUGCGGAUUGGGAUAGAAUGGAUGUUUCUCUAUCUCAGGCAACCUCUGGGCCAUCGGGUAGCAGGAAAAUGAGGUAUAGUCGUGGGUUGAAAGAGCUGUUAACAAUGAAACUUUCUAUGUUAUUAGAUCGAUGUAAGGUAUCUGAUAGAAAUGCUUCUCGCAUAAUUAUUGCUACGAUAGAAGCACUAGGGCAAAAUCCAAUGGACUUUGUAGUUUCAAAAUCAGCCUUACAUUCAAGAAGAAAAAACUUUAGGGAGAAAUACACUGCGGAAAUCCGAAACCGAAUACAAAUAUCAGAAAAUGAGACAUUAGUUGUUCAUUGGGAUGGGAAAUUGUUGCCAGGUGUUCUUAAGAGAGAGCAGAAUGAACGCAUUGCUAUAGCUAUAUCUUAUGGAGAAAAAGAACAACUUCUAGGAGUGCCAGUUAUAGAAAAUAGUACUGGUGAAGAGCAGGCAGCAGCUGUGUAUGAAAUGCUGGAACAAUGGGGAGUUUCAAAUGCUGUAAAAGCAAUGUGUUUUGACACCACUGCUUCAAACACUGGAAGACUUAAAGGAUCUUGCAAAAUUUUGCAGCAAAUGUUGGAUAAAGAGUUGCUGUACCUGGCCUGUCGUCACCAUAUUCUCGAAGUUUUGCUAAGAGGUAUUUUUGAUUGUAAGUUGGGUUCAACCACUGGACCUCAACCAGAUAUUUUUAAAAGGUUCCAAAAUGAAUGGUCAAAAAUAGAUUCAAAAAUAUAUCACACGGGUAUCAGUGAUAAAAAUGUAAAUAAACACCUAACCCCUGAAGUUAUAACCCAGAUAUCAGGUGAAUUAAAAGAAAAACUACAAGAAUGUCAGCCUAGAAAUGACUAUAAGGAAUUUCUUCAGUUGGUUUUGAUUUUUGUUGGAGUUCUAGAUGGAAGCGUAGUUGGAUUCAGAACACCAGGAGCCACUCAUCAUGCUAGGUGGAUGGCCAAAGCUAUUUAUAGCUUAAAAAUAUUCAUGUUUCGAAGCCAGUUUAAAAUGAGUAACGAGGAACGUAACGCUCUCGGUGAUAUCUGCGUUUUCAUCGUAAAAAUUUACUGCAAGGCUUGGUUUAAUGCCCCAAGAGCUUAUCUGGCUCCUAAACAAGAUCUUGAUCUUUUGCGUGAUUUCAUUGAAUACCGCAAGAUAGACAAAGACAUUUCAGAGAAGGCUCUUGCUAAAUUCUCAAACCAUUUAUGGUAUUUGAGUUCAGAGCUGGUAGGUCUGGCGUUCUUUGACCCAACUUUACCAGAUGGCGAAAAAUCAGAAAUGGCCAACAUAAUUUUAAAAAACAGCGAAACAGAAACCAACAGAAUAGUAAAUCCAAAGCUACAUCAUCAUGAAAUUGAACAAUUUGUCACAGCAGGUCUUACACAAUAA